AGCGAGAUGUUUUUAAUUGUAGGCCAGACUAGCUAGCAAUCUCAUUUAAUGACUCUGGAAGAUAAAUAUUUAUGCGACACCGUUUUAAUUCAUUUUUGCAUCUCUUUCAUAUUGUCAUGCUCCUCGACAUCAAGUGGAAUACGGCAAUAUCAUCAUGCAGCCAAAUAAAAUCAAUUGAGCCAGUGUGUCAAAAAGAGGAUGAGGAUUUUACUUCACUCUCCAGAGAUUUCUGCAGAAGAAAGAAUUAAGCAAUGCAAAAUAAUGACACUAAAAAUGUUAAAACAGAAGAGAAAAAAAGACAUUUACUAAAUGUUUAGAAGAUGAUUUGGAUUGCACAGCUCACUGUAUGAACUUUACAUGUGUUGUUUGUGAGAAGACAUUUUCCACUAACUCAAGUACACAAGAGAACCGUAUGUCAGAGGAAACAUGUAUAUGCACUAUUUGUGGGGAAGCAUUUGGCCAGAACUCCGAUUUCCGUUUCCACCAAGCAACUCAUAAAGAUGCACUUUAUAUGAAUUAUGGGAACAUGAACAACUCAGAACCACUUACAACUGAGGAAACACAGUCACAAGAGAAACUAUACAUUUGCAGUGAAUGUGGGAAAAGCUUUUUCAUUAUUGAGUAUUUUCACGUCCACCUGAAAGCUCACAAGAACGAGAAGCUAUAUGCAUGCCCUGACUGUGGGAAAAGAUUUAAAUAUAACUCCAAUCUUCUAAUACAUCAAAGGACACACACUGGAGAGAAACCUUACGUUUGUAGUGAAUGUGGUAAAAAGUUCACACGUAAUGCAACUCUCCUUAAGCACCUGCAGUCACACACAGCUGAGAAACUAUACUCUUGCAAUUAUUGUGAAGAAAGAUUUUCCCAGAGCUCACACCUUGUAAGACACCAAAAACUUCAUGCUGGUGAAAAACCAUACUCAUGUGCAGAAUGUGAUAAAAGCUUUAAACGAAGUUCAGAUCUCCUUACACACCACCGUAUACACACCAGUGAAAAACCAUACACAUGUGAUGAAUGUGCUAAAAGUUUUUCAGAUUACUCUGCUCUUGUCUCUCAUCAAAGGGUUCACACAGGUGAGAAAAAAUACACAUGCAAUGACUGUGGGAAGAAAUUUAGCCGCAGUUCGUAUCUUCUGACACACGAACGGAAACACACAGGCGAGAAACCGUUCAUGUGUAACCAAUGCCCUAAAACAUUUUCGGAUAGAUCAUACCUCAUUAAGCACCAGAGAACUCACACAGGAGAAAAGCCUUAUACGUGCACUGUUUGUGGAAGGUCAUUUUCUAAUAGCUCAAAUUUGCUAGUUCAUCAGAGAAGUCACACAGGAGAGAAGCCGUAUAAAUGCCCAGUUUGUGACAAGUCCUUUUCGGAGAGUUCAAAUUGUCUUACUCACCAGAGAAUUCACACAGGACUAAAGCCACAUAUGUGUAAGGAGUGUGGAAAAAGCUUUAUUGAUAUCUGGUCUUUGAUAAAGCACCAGAGAACUCACUCAGGAGAAAAGCCAUACUCCUGUGGCAAAUGUGGCAAAAGUUUUUCUGAAAGUUCUUCCCUUUCGAAGCACAAAAAAAUGCAUACAAGACUUAAUUUAUGAUUGCUGUUUCAAAAAAAACCUCUCAUUCAUUUUAAGACUAUAUUUAUUUCCUUGUUAAAUAUAAAUUUAUUUCAGUUUAUAAAAUCUCAUAAUUAAAAAAUACUUAGUGUGA